AUGGACCUGUGGUUCGACACGGACCAGCUGCCUGACACGGACCAGCUGCCCGACAUAGGCCGACAGUGGCCUGACACGGACCAGUGGCCGGACAUGGACCAGUGGCCGGACAUGGACCAGUGGCCCAACACGGACCAGAUGCCCGACAUUGGUGGACAGUGGCCCGACAUGGAUCAAUGGCCUGACACGGACCAGUGGCCCGACAUUGGUGGACAGUGGCCCGACAUGGACCAGUUUCCCGACAUGGACCAGUUGCCCGACACGGACCAGUUUCCCGACAUGGACGAGUGGCCCGACACGGACCAGCUGCCCGACAUUGGUGGACAGUGGCCCGACAUGGACCAGUGGCCCGGAACGGACCAGCUACCUGACACGGACCAGCUGCCCGACAAAGGCCGACAGUGGCCCGGAACGGACCAGCUGCCUGACACGGACCAGCUGCCCGACAUGGGUCGACAGAGGUCCAAGACGGACCAGUUGUCUGACACGGACCAGCUGCCCGACACGGACCAGCUGCCCGACAUGGACCAGCUGCCCGACACGGACCAGCCGCCCGACACGGACCAGCCGCCCGACAUGGACCAGCUGCCAGACUUGGGCCAGUUGCCCGACAUGGACCAGCUGCCCGACACGGACCAGCUGCCUGACACGGACCAGCUGCCCGACAUGGACCAGCUGCCAGACUUGGACCAAUGGCCCGACAUAGACCAGUGGCUACAGGUAACUCUGCUGCCUGAUCACCAUACUCCCAGUCUACAGUGCAAUGGUAUACCAUCACGGUAUGCCACCAGUGGAGUGUCCGAUUAA